AUGACCUCCAGCAUACAGUCGCCUUCUCAAUGGUCUCCGCGAGGCUCCCUCUUCUCCAUCGUUUCUUUCACCUGCAGCGCAGUCGAAUUCUCUUUCUUCUACUUCGUCAACAUCAUCACGACCUCCGUCGAGUUCAUCGCUGGAGUGCUGGACAUAUGCCGUCUGUCGUCACCAUUGGCGCUAGCCGUCGUGUUAUCAACCCUAAACUAUAUCUGCAGCAUCAUUCUUUUAUGCGCAGCACCCAUCCGCACACUCAAGUCCGCCGCACAUGCGUUGGUCGCACUUGUAUCUUCCCUCGUUUCUUCGCUCUCCAAGCGUCGUACUGUUCCUGCGGACCCUCAACCCACGCAAGCACGGCCGGUGACGAACAAGCCAAGGAUACGCCCCUUCAGCGUCGGCAAAGUCUCGAGCUCAAAGGAGCGCCCCUCGACCUACCAUGAAGCGUGGAAAGUCCAGAAGCACGAAAGCUCCAGCUCACAAGCUCGCUACCCGGUCGUCCAGGAGAACGGCACGCAACCCCGGUCCCAGGUUACCGUCGUCGAGCGCGAAAGCCAAGCACGCCAGCGGAAGCCCCGUGGAACACUUGAUCACCAGCGCCGCCGGAGCCAGAAUGUCAACAUGGUGAGGUACCUCGUCUCGGAGAAGGCACGACUCCAGAAAGCGAUCGAAGACCUGAAGGCUCAGACUCAGGUCCAGGACGGUCGUGUUGCGUCAAUGAGCUCGAAAGGUACAUCGCCACGAGCAACGCCGAGCCUGACUUUGACGAAUGUAGAGGGGCAUACCAUCGACUACUUUGACGGUAUGUCCAAUCGCAUCUUCGCGGUAUGGUACCAGGCUGACCAUCGUGCAGGCCAGCAUGGAUCCGGUCAGGCAUCAUCUGCAGAAGAGCGGGAGAAGCUCGAAAGCAAGAUCACAGAGUUAUCGAAGCAGCUGGAGGCUGUUUUGUCCGAUAAGGAACAACUGGAGUCGCAGCUGAAGUCCAGUAAGCAGACGUGUCUCCGGUGUCAGGACAGCACUCUCUCUGCACCCCAUACCUGUGAGGGAGCUUCAAGCAGAGCAGAGAGUCGUGGAGCAGAGAGUCAACGUGAGGUGUUCUCAGAGCCGGAGGAAUAUCGCCCUAUAUUUGCCCCCAAUGACGAGAUGGCCAAUGACGAGGUGGACAAUGGUGAGACUCUACCCUAUGACCUUGAGACUGUUACUGACGUAGAAGCAGACGAGCCCACUCCACAGAAGCCUUCAGAGGCCUCGUUCAAGUCAUCAGAUCCUCGUCGGGUCCGCUCGGAAGAUGCGCAGCCCUCUUCUGCGUCUCAAGCUGCCGAGUAUGCGUCGCUGGGCAAUGGAGUACCCUCGUUACGGAGCAAGCAGAGUUUCCGGAAGAAGAUCUUUCACCGCAGUACAUCGCCGAACAGCGUCACUCCAGAGCCGAGCGUUGUUGACAAGCCCUCGCCGUCACGAUCCCCAUCGAUGCUGAUGUCGAAAGUGAGAAGGCUGACGAAUCGGAGGGCGUCUGUGCGUUCGCCCUCUGAGUAAUGUUGCUUUCUAUAUCGCUUUUUUAAAUUUAUUUAUUGCAUUUUUCUGAACGUACUACACGAUAGACUUGCUCUGUAGUGUUUAGGAUCAGAUGCUUGACUGUAUCGUUAACUUACUUAUGUACUUGCUAGGCA